AUGACGUCAUCUUCCAAGAACCCUUUCUCCUCGAAACCCCCAAGGCCUCCCUCUUCCUUCACCGCCUCUUCUCUAGCCUCCACCUCAGCAGGACCCCAAAUUCGAAUCCCUAACCCUAGCUCAAUCGUCUCUCCGCCGAUUACGAUCUCACUAGAGGAUCAAACCCUCUCACGCUCCAGUCACUUCACGCGUCCGGAGCUUCUCCGGCGCCGAUCGCACAACCUCAAGCAGCUAGCGAAGUGCUACAGGGACCAUUACUGGGCUUUGAUGGAGGAUCUCAAGGGGCAGCACAGGGAGUACUACUGGAGAUACGGUGUUAGUCCGUUUAAAGAUGAAUCGAAUAAGAGACGGAGAGUUGAAGGAGAAAGCGGAGACGGCGUUGGAGGUAGUGGAGAGAAUGGUGCUAACAGUGAUGGGAGCUGUAUGUAUGGAUGUAAAGCUAAGGCUAUGGGUCUUACUAAAUACUGUCAGCUUCAUAUUCUUAAGGAUAGUAAGCAGAAGCUCUACACUGGUUGCACAAACGUUAUUAAAAGAGCCCCAGCAGGUCCGUUACUUUGUGGGAAGCCUACGCUUGCAUCGACCGUACCUGCACUGUGUAAUGUGCAUUUCCAGAAAUCGCAAAAGCUAGUUGCUAAAGCUUUGAAGGAUGCUGGUCACAAUGUCUCUUCAGGCAGCAAGCCUCCCCCAAAGCUCCAUGUCAUAGUAGCCGCGUUUGUGGAUCAUAUUCAAAGCAAAAGAAAAAAUCCACGGAGUGAGGGUAAACUGAAAAGUGUAGUUAAAGAAGAAAAUGUAAGCUGAGUCAAGCCGUUAGCAUUCCCAGAAGAAGUUGUUGCAAUAAGUCAUGCAGAAGUGAAAGGCAUGGCGUCACGGUCUUCUGCAUUGUGCUUGAGCUUGUAGUCAUUUGUCUAUUGUUGAACGGAAAUUAGCUGCACACGAAGCAAUCUCUUAGGCAAAUCAUGAAACUGCUUCUCCUUCUGCUGGAUGAGUGAGCAAACUCUGACGUUGGGGCGGAUGGCGGAAUCAAUAUACUUUUAAUGUCGAAUCAGGAUCAACUAGGACAGAAAUAAAGCAUUGGGUCGAAC